AGCCUUUGUUUGUUUGUUUGACGGUGACCGGCUGCUUGCUCGCUCACGUCAGUCGUCACGUAGAGGCAGAACGCCGAAUACAAAAAUAUCGUGAUUUUGUUGUUGGAUAAACUAUUUUUAUAUUAGUAUAUUCAAACCAAAUAAAAUUAUUUUUUUAACAGAUUCUUGGUUUGAAAUCUAUCUUUCAGUGAUUGAAUGGAAUAUUUUAUUGAGCAUAUUUUGACACUGUUGCUAAACUAUGUGGGCAAAUACUUAAAGAAAAAGCUGUUGCCAAAAAAGAAGACAAUUGAAAUUAUCUACAAAAGUGAUAACUAUAUUGUAAUCAACAAGCCCCAUGACUUAUUAAUAAAUAGCAGUAAUCCUGAGAAUAAGGACACUCUAGAAUGGCGCCUACUUGCCGUGUUCCCUUGGCUGGCCAAUCCCAGCCUCAAAAACCGCUUCUAUUUCGUUCACCGGCUGGACUACGCGGUCAGCGGCCUCAUAAUGGUCGCUCUAAACCGGCGCGCAUGCGUGGCUGCUGCUACCUGCUUUCAGAAUCGUACCGUCAGCAAAUACUACCUGGCGCUUGUGCGCGGCCAUGUUUCAGCUGAUCAGCUGAUUGACGUGCAGGUGCCCGUAGGUGUGGACAUAGCCGAGCAGUCGCUUAGCAACCGUAUGAGCACCGGGGAGGGGCGCUGUGUGGGGGGGUCGAUGAAGGGAGCUCGCACCCAAAUGCUGGUCAUCGAGCGAGGGGUAUUCACCCCUGACGGAUACCCAGCCACCAAGGUUCUGCUGAAACUGAUAACAGGUCGACGUCACCAGCUGAGAGUGCACUGCUCCCAUCUGGGUCACACCAUAGUGGGUGACUACACCUACAGCAACCGCCGUGACACCAAGCCUCCGCGCACCUUUCUGCACUCGUUCAGGCUGGUGUUGAAGGACGGCGUGGAGUGCAUAGACGUGAGCACAGGUGAUCCGUUUGUGAGCGCGUGCGUAUGGACGCCCGUAGAGGUGGUCAACUGCCUCGACGCCGACGCAUUCCGCCAGCUGGAGACGCCUGCUCUGCCGCUACAAACCACCAUCACUUCCUGAUUAGGGUAAGGCUACUUGACUAUUAUCA